AUGAUUGGCAGAGUGCGGAGUGAUCAGUAUACAUGGCAGCGGCUGCAGAAGGCGAAGGAGAAGCUGACACAGCCAGAUUCCUAUCACUUCACUCUGGAUCUAAACACAGCAAGCACAGACCUCCAUCUGUCUGAGGGGAACAGGAGGGCAGAGAGGAGCAAUGAGGUCCAGCCAUAUCCUGACCAUCCAGACAGAUUUGAUUAUUGGAAUCAGGUGCUGUGUAGAGAGGGUGUGUCUGCACGCUGCUACUGGGAGGUUGAAUGGAGUGGAGGCGUUAGUAUAGCAGUGUCAUAUAAAAGCAUCAGCAGGAAAGGAGAUGGUCAUGAGUGUGUGUUUGGAGGUAAUGAUCAGUCCUGGAGUCUGGACCUCACCAGCUCCAGCUCCUCUUUCUGGCACAAUGAUGAAAAGACUGAACUCCCUCUAGUGGCCAGCUCCAGAAUAGGAGUGUAUGUGGAUCACAGGGCAGGAACUCUGGCCUUCUACAGCAUUUCUGACACAAUGACCCUCCUGCACAGAGUUCACACCACAUUCACACACACUCUCUAUCCUGGGUUUUGGUUUGGGUUAGAUGAUGAAUCAUCAGUGCAGCUGUUGUAA